CAUCGAAUUGACGUAUUUUUAUUUUCUAUUAGCCUGACAAGAGCUUUUAAAAUGAAGUUCGUUCCGAAGUUCCGUAUAUCGCGCGUCUCCUUUCCUCUGGUUGGAAUUAGCAACACAUUUGGAAGAGGAACGUUCUCGUGGCGAAAUGACGGGUACCGAUCAAAACUAGAAUGAAUCUGUGCUAUUUUCACGUGAACUCGCCAGGUUCUAAACUUAAACGUGCUUGGCCGGCAUUAAUUUUAGUGGGCUCUCGUCAGGCUGGCGCUUUGGCUCAUCGCGAGUUUUCAUCCCAUCCCAUCCCAUCCCGGAGAACGAGAAUGUGUCAAGAUGCGACCUGUGUCCUCCCUAUGUGGCGUCGUCACGGCGCUCCUCCAUGUUUUAGCUGGCUGUGCGCACGGUCAAAGGCAGGAGCUGGGUAUGUCAUUCACGAGACACCCUCAACCCUUAGAAGCACCGGUUGGCGAUGACGUGAAUUUUGAGUGCAAUCUAAACCUUGGUGCGGAUCGAUUUUCAUGGCGUCACAGGCCAUUGGGGUCAGAUAAAUGGUUGCCUGUUGUCCAUACACCUAGCAAUAGUGGUAAAACUUCCAGACACGUGGUGAAUUUUGAUAACGAAUCAAAAUCAGGGGAUUAUCGUUGCAUAGCGUAUUAUGGUUCGAGCGGUUUGGCUUCUAAUCCAGCACGAUUAACACUCGCAACGCUACACAAGUUCUCUGACAAGAGUGAUGUUGUUAUAAACGUUGCAGCAGGAAAUACUGUACCUAUUACAUGCCCUGUGCCUUAUUCAGCUCCGGAUGCCAUAGUUCAAUUUUAUAAAGACAAUACGAUAAUAAAUAAUGUUAUGCAAAGAGACGAUGUAAUUGGUAGUAAAACUAUGGUUAUUGAGAAUGCUAAAGUGUCGGACAGUGGAUUGUAUCACUGUGCCGCUACCAAUUAUAUAAGCAGUCAGACUUAUACCAGCAAUCAUAAGACCAUAUUGAACGUGCAUUCAAAUACCAGCUUUCAAGCGCCAUAUUUUAUUAAACAGCCACAAACGGAGUACAAAGUCUUGAAAGGGAAAAAUGUGACUCUGGAGUGCUUUGGUGCUGGUUAUCCGGUACCGCACGUAACUUGGAGCAGACUCGGUAGUCCACUGCCACCGAAUUCCACUAAAACUUCGAUGGGCUUAACGAUAGUUAAGGUCCAACCAACGGACAGGGGAGAAUACGACUGUAUAUGGAGUAGCAAUGGUGCGCAUAUCAAGUCUGUGAUCAUAUUAAAGGUAAUGGAAGCACCGGAAGUGAUUAGAGCGCCAAAGGCAUCAACAUUUUCCGAAGGCGGAGAAUUGGAGUUGUCCUGCAUGGUAACCGGUGAACCACAGCCAAAAGUUGAAUGGUUGAUUAACGGAGAAUCUUUGACACCCAGCGAUAACGUGGAGAUCAAAGGUUCUACGCUGCUAAUUUCUGAGGUUCAGAAGAAACACGCUGGUAUUGUCCAAUGUGUUGCGAGCAACGAGUAUGGCUCUCAUUCUGGUUGCAAUUUGCUCUGGGUUAAUCCUAAGCAACAUAUUGGUAUGUCUGAAUCGAGGCCAAACUAUGAGAUUUCUAAUUCAAGGCACAAGCAUACCAAAGUAGGAGGCAGAAGAAGGAACAAGGAAGGGAAACGAAAAGGCACUGCAGUGUUAGUACCACCAAAUCAACCGAACGUAACGAGGCUCUCGGACGUGUCCGUGAUGGUUAGAUGGUCUGUGCCUGAAAACACAGGGUUGCCAAUACAGUUUUUCAAAGUUCAGUACAGGGAACUUGGACAAAAGAUGAACGGCAAGCAAGCGAAAUGGAUGACAGCAAAUUCGGAGAUAUCGAAACACGUACGGUCUUUUGAGGUGACGGAUCUGCAACCUAAUCAUACUUAUCGGUUCAGAAUCGCUGCAGUUUAUUCGAAUAACGAUAACAAAUUGAGCCCGAAUUCGGCGCGUUUUCAUUUGAAUAAAAAUGGAGAAUUCGAAAGCAAUAAAAUGCCUAUACCUUUAUUGACGAACACCGAGGCUUUAGGGGCACAGGAAGUACUGUUAAUUUGGCAGAAUCCGGAUAAAUCGGCCGACAUUGAUGGCUUUUACGUGUACCAUCGAGCCUCGAGCUCGGCUGGAGAUUACGUAAAAACGACAGUGGAAGGAAAGGAGUCUUAUAACAUAACUAUUUCUCAUUUGCAACCUGACACAACGUACGAAUUUAAAGUGCAAAGUUUCUCGGUGGAUGCUGCCUCGGAAUUUUCACAAAUUCUCCGACAAAAAACAAAGAAGGCUGUAAAUGAAAACAAUGAUCGUAGCGAGGAUAAUCGUGGUAGUAAUCACGGUAGUAAUUUAACGUUAGAUAGUCGAGUAAGGCCAGCAGAGGAUAAAAACGUGAAUAUGUAUGCGAUUAUCGGCGGAGUUCUUGGUGGCACCACUCUGCUGGGUGGCUUGACUGCAAUAGCAGUGGUAUAUAAAAGAACUAAACAUAAACAAAGUCGAGAAUCCUCGCAAAGCGAAGGAAAACCGAUAACAAACGGAAGAGUAAUGAACGGCGGAGUUACUGACUCCAAAAUAAAUAUAACUUCAAAUCCACUCGCUGGUCUUGACGCGUCUGAAGAUAUAAUACAGCCUAAGGUCGGUAUUUACUAUUCGAUAUUAAGGAGACUAGUCUUUCCUAGCUUUAGCAUUGGUCGCGUGCUGCUCUUUAAUUCUACUCGCUCUCUGCACUCUCUCUGGAGCCGCUUUUCUUUAGUUUUAUUUUCCGAACACACGCGUACGUUACUUACACGCUGUUUGAGAUCUGAAAGAAGCGAAACGAACACGCAUGUUUCUAAACAGAGCGGGCAACAACAAUCGCCGAUGGAAAUGGCCUCGUUUCUAAAUGGCCAAAACAACAACAGCAACAACCAUAACAACAGCGACACAGCUGGAACAACCGACGUGAACGCGUCGUAUACCGAGCCUCCUCUGCUACAAGGAUCGCUGCCUAUCGAACAACCUCUAUGAACAACAUUACGCGAAUGUUAUGAAACACAGUAUCGUCCUUAACUACGGAUACAUUGCAAUCUACUCAUGCAAUUUAACAUUUAUUAUUCUGAAGAGAAGCGACGAGAUUCUACGACGGGAAGAAAAAAAGAAAGAAACUGGAUGAGAACGCGUCAUUUCAAACGAGAUGCUUCUUAUUGUUAGUGAGAACUUCCUUACUUAUAGACUUUAGCCACCUUUAGGUUUAUAACGAACAAGCUGUUGCAAGACAUUUUUUUACAGGGUGUUGUGUAAUAGGUAUGCUCAAAUAUUUCAGAGAACUGUUAGACGCGUAUUCGUCUAGUGAUUUUGUAUCCUAUGCAUUCAGUUUUUAAGUCUUCUUUUUUUUUUCUACGACAAAUACCAGUCUUGAAAGCUCAACAUAGAAUUAGAAGAUUAAUUGUUCGACUGUGAAACGGGUACAUUUAAAUUUAAUACGUACCUGUUUGAUAUCUCUCUUUCUCUUUAUCUUGUAUCUCUUACCCGUUUCGUGGUCGAUAAUUAAUGAACUUAGAUGUAAUUAAAGCCGCGUGAAUGGAAAACUUUGAUUCGCGUACAAGCUCAUCGUUUAAAGAUUUUUUUUUUUUUUAUAUAUAUUAAUUUUAUUCCAGGCAGCUUUUUACACGUUAUGUUGUUUCCUAAUUUAAAUUAAUUAACGUCCAUUAUUUCAUAUUGUAAAUACGCGAAUUAUUAGUAGCUCUACAUGUCGAAUUAAGACACGAAUUGAAAUUGUGCCUGAUAAAAAAGACAGCUGUGUUACGUGUCUUAUAUUUACACGUACAAUUUUAAAGUUACUGAUGAGGAUAUCGAAAAUUUUUCAAUCAUCGUAUCGUGUUUUAUUUUGUACACUAUCAUUGAUCAAACUCAUACGCAUUAUAGAAUAAAUCCCAUAUGCAUUGCUACAUAGAAUGAUAGAAUGGUAGAAUUCUAUUUCACUCAUACGUCGCUAACAGUAUUUGUUAUAUAUUAUAACAAAAGUUUACUUGUAAUAACAGUAUUUACCUAGCUUCGAUCUAGAUGCAAUCAUCUUUCUCGGUUUGUUUAAUGAUAAAUAUUGUAUUCUUGGCGGUAAUCAAGCUUUACAAUGAAUCAAGUUUCAGAAAAAUAUGAGAAUCUUUAUUGGAUAGAAUUUCGAUAUCAGAGGAGAAAAAUGCAAAACUUUGUAAAUAAGUAUUUGUAACAAUUUUUUGACGCUAUGUGCGUUUUAUAUAUACAUACUUUUAAUAUAAAGUUAAUUAUUUAAAUCUUUUGUACUUCUUGAAAGUAAUCGCAAUGAUCUGAGAAGGUGAGCGAACAAUUUGCAAGCGAAUGAAGAAAGAAAUUUUGUAUAUACUACAAUGGUUCAGAUUUUAUGGAAGAGCACAUGUGCCUUACAUCUUGCCUACACAAAGUAACGUUAAGAUUAAUUAUUUAUAUACCUAUACAUCUAUAACGACAUUUUAUGUACUUAAUUUUUUUUUUUUAAUAAACAUGAUAAAAUUUUA